CGAAAAGACGCGGGUUGAGGAAGAGUUACGGACUGCCCAUGCGCUUGGGCGCACAGCGGCCCGCUUCGGUGUGGUCUGGAGGUGGAGCUGAGAGGGGAAUCACACUCUAUAAAGUGGUGGACUGUCCCGUGUGCAAGCAACAGUGCUUCUCCAAAGACAUCGUGGAGAAUUAUUUCAUGCGUGAUAGUGGCAACAAGGCUGCCACCGACGCCCAGGAUGCUAACCAGUGCUGCACUAGCUGUGAGGAUAAUGCCCCAGCUACCAGCUACUGUGUGGAGUGCUCGGAGCCUCUGUGUGAGACCUGUGUAGAGGCGCACCAGCGGGUGAAGUACACCAAGGACCACACUGUGCGCUCUACUGGGCCAGCCAAGUCUCGGGAUGGUGAACGUACCGUCUAUUGCAACGUACACAAGCAUGAACCCCUUGUGCUGUUUUGUGAGAGCUGUGAUACUCUCACCUGCCGAGACUGCCAGCUCAAUGCCCACAAGGACCACCAGUACCAGUUCUUAGAGGAUGCAGUGAGGAACCAGCGCAAGCUCCUGGCCUCACUGGUGAAGCGCCUUGGGGACAAACAUGCCACAUUGCAGAAGAGCACCAAGGAGGUUCGCAGCUCGAUUCGCCAGGUGUCUGACGUACAGAAGCGUGUGCAAGUGGAUGUCAAGAUGGCCAUCCUGCAGAUCAUGAAGGAACUGAAUAAGCGGGGCCGUGUGCUGGUCAACGAUGCCCAGAAGGUUACUGAGGGGCAGCAGGAGCGCCUGGAGCGGCAGCACUGGACCAUGACCAAGAUCCAGAAGCACCAGGAGCACAUUCUGCGCUUUGCCUCUUGGGCUCUGGAGAGUGACAACAACACAGCCCUUCUGCUUUCUAAGAAGUUGAUCUACUUCCAGCUGCACCGGGCCCUCAAGAUGAUUGUGGAUCCCGUGGAGCCACAUGGCGAGAUGAAGUUUCAGUGGGACCUCAAUGCCUGGACCAAGAGUGCCGAGGCCUUCGGCAAGAUUGUGGCAGAGCGUCCUGGCACUAACUCAACAGGCCCUGCACCCAUGGCCCCUCCAAGAGCCCCAGGGCCCCUGAGCAAGCAGGGCUCUGGCAGCAGCCAGCCCAUGGAGGUACAGGAAGGCUAUGGCUUCGGGUCAGUAGAUGAUCCCUACUCAAGUGCAGAGCCUCAUGUGUCAGGUGUGAAACGGUCCCGCUCAGGUGAGGGCGAGGUGAGCGGCCUUAUGCGCAAGGUGCCACGAGUGAGCCUGGAACGCCUGGACCUGGACCUCACAGCUGACAGCCAGCCACCCGUCUUCAAGGUCUUCCCAGGCAGUACCACUGAGGACUACAACCUUAUUGUUAUUGAACGUGGCGCCGCUGCUGCAGCUACUGGCCAGCCAGGGACUGCACCUGCAGGAACCCCUGGUGCCCCACCCCUGGCUGGUAUGGCCAUUGUCAAGGAGGAGGAGACAGAGGCUGCCAUUGGAGCCCCUCCUACUGCCACUGAGGGCCCUGAAACCAAACCUGUGCUUAUGGCUCUUGCGGAGGGUCCUGGUGCUGAGGGUCCCCGCCUGGCCUCACCUAGUGGCAGCACCAGCUCAGGGCUGGAGGUGGUGGCUCCUGAGGGUACCUCAGCCCCAGGUGGUGGCCCGGGAACCCUGGAUGACAGUGCCACCAUUUGCCGUGUCUGCCAGAAGCCAGGUGAUCUGGUCAUGUGCAACCAGUGUGAGUUUUGUUUCCACCUGGACUGUCACCUGCCGGCCCUGCAGGAUGUACCAGGGGAGGAGUGGAGCUGCUCACUCUGCCAUGUGCUCCCUGACCUGAAGGAGGAGGAUGGCAGCCUCAGCCUGGAUGGUGCAGACAGCACUGGUGUGGUGGCCAAGCUCUCGCCAGCCAACCAGCGGAAAUGUGAGCGUGUUCUGCUGGCUCUCUUCUGUCAUGAACCCUGCCGCCCCCUGCAUCAGUUGGCUACCGACUCCACCUUCUCCCUGGACCAGCCCGGUGGCACCCUGGAUCUGACCCUGAUCCGCGCCCGCCUGCAGGAGAAGUUGUCACCUCCCUACAGCUCCCCACAGGAGUUUGCCCAGGAUGUGGGCCGCAUGUUCAAGCAAUUCAACAAGUUAACUGAGGACAAGGCAGACGUGCAGUCCAUCAUCGGCCUGCAGCGCUUCUUCGAGACGCGCAUGAACGAGGCCUUCGGUGACACCAAGUUCUCUGCUGUGCUGGUGGAGCCCCCGCCGAUGAGCCUGCCUGGUGCUGGCCUGAGUUCCCAGGAGCUGUCUGGUGGCCCUGGUGAUGGCCCCUGAGGCUGGAGCCCCCCAUGGCCAGCCCAGCCUGGCUCUGUUCUCUGUCUUGUCACCCCAUCCCCACUCCCCUGGUGGCCUGACUCCCACUCCCUGGUGGCCCCAUCCCCCAGUUCCUCACGAUAUGGUUUUUACUUCUGUGGAUUUAAUAAAAACUUCACCAGUUCCUCA